CGGGGCUGGGAGUAUACUCGCAAGAUGGCGGCGCGGUGGGGAGCAGGCGAGGAGACUUUAAUUGCGUGCAAUAUGGAAUUUUUCCCCAUGGAUACACUAGAUGAGACUGCUGGGCUGAGCUCUGGAGAAACUCUGGAGGUCCUUCAUGGCUGCUUAGACCCCUCCAUCCUUUCGAUCUUUGAGGACACACCAACAAUAGAGACUAAGGGAUUGGAUGAGGAGAGCGAUGCCACGCUGCUAACCGCCCUGACAGAGAUCCUUGACAAUGUGGAUGAUGAAAACCUGUCCCCAUUUGACACACUGCCUGACUCAGACCUGCUGUCGGGUCAGAAGGGCAGGGAACACUCUCCGCUCAGGAGACUGCUGUGUCUGUCCCGUUCCCCUCCCGAGAAAGACACUCUCUGUAGCGCAAGACCUAUAUCAACUGGAAAGAGCCUCCCCAGAAUGCAGGUAGAUUCUCUUCAGAGGAGUGACGGAGAGGAAGAAGACGAUGGCUCCCUCACUCUGAGCCCAGUGAGGCAAGAUUCAUCUCCCGACAAUGAGCUGUUAGACUGGGAAGGUUCAACCCUCCUGCUUCCUAACAGCUUUGAGCAGGAGGGUGAAGAUGGUGUUUCAGUUAGCCUGGGAGACUUGGUCAGGAACAUUCACCCGUACUGUAUGGCUAUUUGUGUAGAGAAUGACGACGGGGAACAGAUGUUGCCAGAAGGAGGCAUCUUACUCGAGGUUGUUGAUCAGGGAGAGAACGGAGAACCCAUCCUGGCUAUCCAAGACACGGAUCUCCCAGUCUUUCUGCCACUUACAGAGCAGGCUUCAGAAAAUGAGCAGAUACUUAGAGAUGAAGCAAAAGAAGUGGCUUCUGACAGCUCGGAGCAUAUAGUUGUCGAUGAUGAAGAUGUAGCAGUGGAUGAGGCUCCAGUGAAAGUUACAGCCCCUGCAACACCAGACCUAUGUACAAAUGUGAAAGAUGAGAUGGUCAUUAAGAAACAGAAAGAAGAGGUUAAAAAGAGAAGCCCCUCCAGGAGAAAAAAGAAAAAGAAAUGCAAGGAACAGCGUCAGCCUGAACCUGUGGAGGGAAGGAUCCUUAGGAGUGGCACAGUAAGAAAGAUGGCACAGGAAGUACCCAGAAAACCUGAAAGAAGGUCAGUCAAAGAAGAGAAGAAACAACAAGACCCACAGGUUCUAAUAUCUGCGACCUCAGCUUCUUCCUCUGUCAAACCUAAGAAACUAAAUCCAUGCCAAACUGAAAAACAGAAAACAGAAAUCACCACUACAACACUAUUGCCUGAAAUGAAUGUGCAAGUUGCCACAUGUGACUCACUCAGACAGGACACUUCUCUGUUAGAAGACAUCCCAGAGAAGAGUCAGCCUAGCGGCUCACCCACAGCAGUGAGCUCCCAACAGCCUGACGAAGCCCCUGAGCAGCUGGGCCCAGCCCCCGAGAAGCUGGAAGACUCAUCAGCAGCUCCCUCUGCUGUCCUUGCCCCACUGUCUUCAGAAAGCCCUGCGGCUGCUGCUAGUGCCGUCACACUCCAUGUGACACCACCUGUUUGUGAAGCCCUCCCUCCUGUGGCCAUUGCACUCCCAGAACCGAAACCCAAAUCACUCAGUCUAGAGGAGUACCGGCGGCUCAGACAGCAGAAAAAGCCAACACCGGUGGAAAAACAAGAUGACAACAGCACCAAGUGGCCCAGCCUUCCAGAGCUUCCUAAAGAGCUCACCCCGAUUCCCUGCCUGCCUGACCCCAGCCCUAGGGAUUCUCGGCGCCCCAGCCCCCAGGCAGCAAAGAAGGAAUUAGAGGAGGUCAAACCUGCCUGGCAACCAAGGGGUCCAGCAGCACCGCCCACCCCUGAAGCACUACUGGUGCCACCAGCCUACAUGGUUGCUUCAUCCACCAAAGUUUCAGCUGCUACUGCUGUUCCUAAACCCCAGCAAACACCUGAACCUUCCAAACCAUCUCUGCCUAAAAAUUCCUCAGCUCCUGUCCCUGAUUCAGUGAAGGAUUUACCCACACAUCAACAUACCAUUGCUCAACCUACAGUACCUUCUGUGCCUCAGAGCUCUGGGUCUCCAGCUUCUUUAAAACAUGCCACUCAGUUCACGUCGUCAGCAGAUGGGAAAUGUUCUCCGGUGCUUUCAGGAGAAAAGGGUGGAGUCCGUGAAAGCCCCCAAUCUCAGCCUGUAUCUCUUAAAUCUGCAGAGCUGAGUAAAGCUUGUCCUAAAACCACUACAGAGUCGAUCAAACCCACCGCUGCUACUUUGUCUACUCCCAGUGUCCCCCAUAAGACCACUGUUGUUUCCCAAAAGGUGCCUGAGGUCACUGCUGCUACCACAUUAAAUACCCCCAUCACAGCUGGUAGCAAGUCCUCCAAACCCACAACCAAUGGUACUCAGCUCUGUUCUUCUUCAGCUGCUCAUACCUCAGACAUACCUCAGAGUCUAAAGGCAGAACCUGAUGUGCUUGAAACUAAAGAGAACCCCACUACAAUAGUGAAGCCCCAAAGGCCAAAGAGCCCCACACAGGAGCUGAUUGAGGCCUUCACCAGUGAGAUAGGUAUUGAAGCUGCUGAUCUGACCAGCUUGCUGGAGCAGUUUGAGGAAACCCAAGCCAAAGAGGAGCAAUUUAUGCCGGAGGUCUCUGGUAGAGCAGCAGCUGUAGGAAACUCGAGUUUUGAAUCGGCUCCAGAGAAAACAGCUGUGGAGCGUGUCAAAGCUAAUGAUCUCUCAAGUACUGCAGCUCUGACUCCUCCAGCCACUCCUCCCCACCAGAUGUGGAAACCUCUGGCCCCUGUGGCCCUGCUGGGGAAGAGCAAGGCCACUGAGGCCUCCAAGUCGAGCCCCUCCAAGGUUAUUCAGAUAGAAGCUCGUCCACUUCCCUCAGUCAAGUCCCGCAGUAAACCCACUCCUGCUGCUGCCACUGUAGACCCUGACCUGGCAUGCAUGGACCAUGACUAUUGCAUCCCCAACAAAGGCACUUCCACUGGAGAGCCAGGCAAGCGCUGGAAUGUCAAACAACAGUCUUUUAUUACUAUUAAACCCAUCAAGCAACCCACCACAGCCACCGCACAGACACCACCAGCUGUCCUGUCAUCGUCUGGCUCGUCUGCCACAAAAUCUGCGGUUACAACCAAAACACAAGAUUUUUCAUUGCCCCUGCAUCACAGGACAGAUGGGAUGGAGAGUAGCUCUGUUCUGGAAACUCCCGAUGCUUCUCCUACUCGACUGGAGACUGACUCCACUAUUAAAGAAGAAAGCCCGAGGAGAAGAGGGCCUUUUGGGAGGGCUUACCGUCGACAUGCUGCUUCUCGCUCGCCCAGCCCCAGAUCCAGCCCAAAAGAGAGGACUGGAGGCCGGUCUAGAAAGAGAAGAUCCCACCGUUCUCCAAGCCCCAUGUCCAGUGGUUCAGAGUCCCAUUCCUCUAGAUCUCGGUCUAGAUCACAUGCUCCAUCUCGUAAAAGGUAUCGUCCUCGCCACUCUGAGAGCAGUUCCAGCUCCUCAUCCCGUUCCUCAUCACGGUCCUCUCCCUCCGUGUCCCGCUCCCCUCCCAGGAGGAGAAGGUACUCGUAUUCCUCCUCUCGUUCUGGCUCAUGGAGUCGCUCCAGGUCGCGGUCUAGAUCCCCUCAGAGACGAGCACAGUGGGGUAGAAGCGCACCAUUUAACAGUUCCUCAUACAGCCAUGGCUAUGGACACAGUGCAAAGACAAAUACGGAAGAGGUGAAGAGACGCAAGGAAAAAGCCAUUGAGGAGCGCCGGGUUGUUUACGUUGGUCGAAUUCGGGGUACUAUGACCCAAAAAGAACUUAAAGAGCGCUUCUCUUAUUUUGGCGAGAUUGAAGAGUGUACCCUGCACUUUAGAGACCAGGGGGACAACUAUGGCUUUGUGACUUAUUACAACACCAAGGACGCCUUCACGGCCAUUGAAAAUGGAGGCAAGCUGCGGAUGCCUGAUGAGCUGCCGUUUGAUCUCUGUUUUGGUGGAAGGAGACAGUUCUGCCAGACGGGCUAUUCUGACUUGGAUUCGAAUAGAGAGUACGAUCCAUUGCCUGCAAAAGGCAAGUUUCAUGCAGUAGACUUUGACACUUUACUGAAGCAGGCCCAGCAGAAUCUGAAGAGGUAACAGGAGGCCUGCAGCAGGAAAGCAGCUGACACUUACCUCAGAGCCAAGAGCUGGCUCCUCACCUGCAACACUGUCUUUACAUUGUAGUUGUUGCAUUAGUUUAUUUUUGUUUGUUUGUUUUGUUUCUGCAAGCUAACACCUUCUAUUGAAGUGAAGAUUUGUAAUGAAAGUAGUAAAAGAAAUUAAAAAAACGGAAUAAGUGAAAUUAAAUAAUUUUUUAAAAAGUUUAUUUAAAUGUAAAAUCAAAUUUGACUUGUAUGGAGAGAGAAUCAUUUUUAAAAGGGGGAAAAUACAUGGAAUGCAGCUCCCUAAUUGUUGGGAGAGGAUGUAAUACAUUUAAAUGUACUACAAACCUAAAUUAAAAAAGAC